UUCGGUCCAGCGCGAGCGUCGGUCGCGCGCUCUCCUCUCGCGGGUUGAAACUCUCCCUGGCAUAUUCUUCAAUGGCUGACACGGUUCUUCCUCCGCUAUGAUUCUUCUUCACCCUGUUCUGGUGGCGGUGUGUGUGUCGCUGGCGUCCGCGGUGACGGUUCUGUCGUGGCCUCCUCUGAACUGCUCCCGACAGGGUUUGAGAUGUAAAGUCACUACAAGUUACUGCAUGGACAGUGGGUGGCUGGAGAAGAACCGCUACACUCCCAGCAGCCCAGAGGGGCUGCAGGUGAGCGUGGACACCAGGCGCGACGAGGCGGGACGCCUGCAGCCGGUGCUGUCUGCGAACUGGAGCAUCAAGGACGACGGCAGCAUACGUUACCUCACAGCCACCGAGCUUCACGUUCUGGUGAUGGCCCCCAACCAGAACCUGUGUGUCCGAUAUUCCUUCAAAGAGAAACUCUCAAUGAGAAGUCCGACGGGGGAAAAGUGGUCGUUCUCGGCCAACAUGCUGGUGCUGGACCCGGGUCAGAUGUACCAUGUCUGUGUCGUCAACAUCCCCAAACCGGAGCUGGACCACAGCAGCUACGACGUCUGCACCGACGUCACCGUUCCCGAUUGUCCCCAUCCCAACAUGCAGACGACUGAGUUUUGCGUGGAGAGAGGGAGUCUGUGGCGGCCCGACAUCAGUCUGACUCAGACCAGCGCGGUCGGAGGGAGAUCGGCUCUGGCCGUCAGCUUCACCCCCAACGCGCUGUGUGAGGAAUACAUGGUCAUCGUGAGCUGCUCCACCACCCAGCAUGUGGAGCGCACAUACAAGGCCAAUCAGAAGACCCUGAAUGUCACGUUCGACCUCGAUCGAUGGCCACGCUUCUGCUGCCAGUUUGACGUGCAGAUCAAACCCUUCUUCCCACCCUGUGGCCAGGACUGUGCCCGUCGACACCGAACUCUGGAUCUCUGUCUCGCGAGGCCGACCGGCGCCCCCGACGUCCCCGACGUCCCCGCGUACACGUUCGUGGUCCUGGGCGUGGCGGCCGCGUGCGCCGCGACGGCCGGCGUUGCCUGCGCCCUCUGCCGAAAACGAGAAACCCGCGUGGCCUCGGCGCCCGCGGCGGCGGCGGCGGCGGGGACGUCGUGGCGGCGGCCGCUCCAACCGCCUCCCAAACUGCUGGUCAUCUACUCCCACGACCACCGGCUCUACCGCGACGUGGUGCUCAAGCUCUGCGCCUUCCUGCAGGCCAAGUGCCGCACCGAGGUUCUGGUGGACCUGCUGGACUCGGCGUCGGUCGGCGUGGUCGGGCGCCUCCGCUGGCUGGAGCGGCAGCGGCAGCGGCUCCAGAACCCCUCGGACAAAAUCCUGGUGCUGUGCUCGCGCGGCGUCCAGGCCAAGUGGCGGGCCCUGUGCGGUCAGGGCCGCGUGACCCUGAGGGAGGACGUCCUCUCGCCCACCGACGACAUGCUCACGCCCUUCCUCAACCUCUUCCUCCCCGACAUGCACCGGGCCGGCACGCUGGGCCGGUACCUGGUGGCGUACUUCGACGACGUCGGCGGCGAGUGCGACGUGCCGUCGGUCUUCGACAUCGGGGUCAAAUACAAGCUGAUGAAGCAUUUCGAGGAGCUGUACCUCCGCAUCUUGGACAUCGAGAAGUACCAGCCGGGCCACGUCACCCACGUGGAGGGCGUCGGGCCGGACGAGUACUUCCGGUGUCCGUCGGGCCGGGCCCUGAGGGACGCCAUCGAGGCCUUCCGGGUCCACCAGGUGGAGAACCCCGACUGGUUCGAGAAGGAGUGCGUGACCGACGAGGAGGAGGUGCUGACGGAGCGCCACCGGCUCCUGGACCGGCCGCGGGUCGCCCCGGUGCUGGAGCGUGUUCCUCUCGUCCGAGUCGGACCUCCCGUCCUCGCCCGCGAGGUAGAAAUCAAUCGCCGUGACGACCGUCUCCUGGUGCUGACGCCGGAGCUCGACCCGGACGAUCGGACUCGCAGGCCGGAGUCCGUCUACGUACUGGAGCCCGUUGUGAACAACCCGGACCCGCCGAGACGGAACCGCCUCGGUCCGAUUCCCACGGAGGAUGAGGAAGAGGAAGAGGAGGAGGAAGGGGAGGGUUCCCGCUCCGCUGGUUCGGAGAAGAGGAGCUCGGUCCCGCCGCGGGAGUCCGGGAACUCGAGGCCUCGGGAACGCCGUGCGGAGGGGGAGGAGCUCGAGGGCCCCGGGCCCCGGGGGACGGGUCCGGGAAGUGGAUCCGAUCAGGGCUACAGCUCCAGAACGUCCUCGCAGCACGGAGCCCCCGGCCGGGAGGAUCCGCUGGAGGCUCUGAGGAGGCUGCAAGACGAGCUGUUUCAGAAGAACCCGGGGUCCUCCGACCCGGGUCCUGAAGGGUCCUGAGGGGUCCUGAGGGGUCCUGAUGGGUCCUGAGGGGUCCUGAGGGGUCCUGAGGGGUCCUGAGGGGUCCUGAGGGGUCCUGAUGG